AUGGGUUGCAACACUUCUACCGCAGCUGAAUCACCGGCCGCUCCUGCAGAUGCUGUCCCAAAUGAUGCUGCUGCUGUUGAAGCGGCCAGAGCUCCGGAGGCUGAGUCGGACGUUGCGAUGGUAACCACUGGGAAGCCGACAGGCAGUGGUAAUGAAGAUAACAGUGGAGCGGUUACUUCUCAAACUUUCCCCUACGUUUACCCCGAAGGUUCCGAGGUCGGUGGACGACAAUUAUUUUAUUUUUAUUUCGUAGACACUUUCUAG